ACACAAAGCUGCUGCAACAAGGCGUUGGCUGGAACGGGCGUGGCUCAAUGCAUAGAUACGCGAUACGAUAUCAAGUUUCGCCUUUCUUUCAGUGAUCUUGCAGUUUCCUCUUGUAACUUAUCAGGUACUAUGGCUGAAAACAAAGACUUGGAGCUAGAAGAGGUGAAAGUUGGCAAUGAUUCGGUUGUCUCAGGUGAAAAAGAAAGAACUGUGACAGAAGAGGAGGCUGAGACCAAAAUGGAUGAGAGUACUCCUGUAAAAGCAGAGCCAGAGGAGAAGAAAAAGAAAAAAGAGGAGGACAAGAAGAAAGACGAAGGUUUUAUGGUGCAUGUGGAGGAAGAUGACGAUCCUAGGUGCUGUUUUUCGCUCAAGUCUAAAGCUUAUCGAAACGUGUUUGGUACAGGAGUAUCAUUUAUGAUGUCACUCAGUGCUGUAGUGUCACUCUUCUCUCUCCAGAGCAGUCUCAAUGACACUGCGGGGCUGGGGCUGGCAAAUCUCUCUGUAUUUAUGGGAUUUUUCUUCAUAUCUGGUAUUUUUGCAUCAUCCAUAAUUAGGAUACUAGGAACCAAGUACACGCUUAUAUUCUCUUACACUUUGCUAGGAGUUUAUACUGUAGCUAACUUCUACCCGCAUUGGUACACGCUAGUUCCUGCAGCUGUUUUUGGUGGCAUGGGCUUUGGUCCGGUCUUUGCUGCAGGCAAUGUUCACGUUACGACAGUUGCAAUUAGAUAUGCUCACCCUUUAGGAGAAAAAACAGAGCAUUUAGUGUCCUUAUUUACAGGGAUACAGGCAAUGUUCUUUAAAGUCUCAUACAUUCCUGGCAGUUUAGCAACUGCAGCCAUAUUGUUUAGCGAGAGGUUAUCAAAUGAAAGCGAAAUAAUUAUGUCACCACUAGGCAAUGUCUGCGAUAAUGAUGAAGCAAGCAAGUUGAAUCCAUCAUACGUCUAUAUACUGAUAUCUGUCGAUGUCAUAUUUGACAUAAUAGCUAUCCUAGUCUGUCUGGCACUACUGGAUAAUCUACAAGAGGGAGGUUUCAAGAAAGAAUCCAGAGGGAAAGUCUGGAAGCAGUUCAUCAAGAAGCCAAUUGUGGCUACCUUCAAGAUGUUCAAGAGCUGGAAGAUGUACAUGAUAAUCCCAAUGAUGGUCCUAGAUGGAUACUUAGCUUCAUUUGCUUUGGGGACAUACUACAGAGCAUAUGUAUCAGAGUGUAUAGGUGUUCAUUGGGUUGGUUUUGUUGUAUGUACUUUUGGUAUAUGCUCUGGUCUCUCUGCAGUGAUUGGAGGACGAUUGGUGAAGUGCAUCCCACAGUUUUCCAUUGUGUAUACUGUCUCUGCCAUACUCUUUGGUCUAAUGUUCUUUCUUAUAUUCUGGGAGACAAGGCCUAGCUACAUUGUAGCAUUUGUGGUUAUUGCUGUUUGGGGGAUCUGUGAGGGAAUAUGGCAUUCUGUUCCACCAAGUUUGGUUGGAGUGCUAUUCCACAGAAAACAAGAGCCAGCAUUCAGCGUCAGUCGUAUGGGUCUGGCAACAGGAAUGCUCUUAGGAUUCUCUACUGCAAUAUUCUUAACAGUCCCUCAACUUCUAUGGGUUGCAGUCUCUUUCCUUGUAGUGUCUCUAGUAACUUAUUCGUUCCUAGUAUUCAAAACAGAGACUAGGCAUCAGUUGAUACCUUGCUGUCCUAGGAGAGAGGAUGAGCCAGAGGAGGAGGAGGAGAAUUAUGAACAGGAACUGGAGGAAGAGGGUGUAGUUGAAGUUGGACUUACUGAGAAUGUCUUCUAAUUGAGCUGAGCUCCACCAAACAUGUCAAUAAAUAAAUAAAUUUUGAAAUGCAUUAUAUAUAUUACAUGUACAUGUAUAUUAUAUUAUAUUAUAUUAUUAUUAUUGUGUUUUAAUUUUGCUAGAACAGUUUUUGUUAAUAAUUAUGGAGACAUAUAAUUGUUUUUCAAUUGAUAGCAUAUUUUUAAUGAAAUAUUUAAACCAAAUAACUUUGUUGAUUAUCAUAUAAUAUGCUAUAUUUAACACAA